AGGAGGUGGAGUGGAGCGGAGCGGAGCUGCGAGUGGAGGCGGAGGCGGAGGCGGAGGCGGAUCUGGGAGGUGCGGGGAAUGGUGGUGUCGGUCGCCGCGGCGAUCUAGGCUGCUCGCCUGCCCCCCGAGCGCGGAUCUGUGCCCGUGCCCUCGCCCCCUCUCCGUCCGUCGUAGCCGCCGUCUCGGUUUGGUUGGUGGUGGAGGAGGAGGAUGGCGGCGAACGCGGGGAUGGUGGCUGGCUCCCGCAACCGGAACGAGUUCGUCAUGAUCCGCCACGACGGCGACGCGCCACCGCCGGCUAAGUCAGGGAAGAGCGUGAAUGGGCAGGUCUGCCAGAUUUGUGGCGACACCGUUGGUGUUUCAGCUAACGGCGAUGUCUUUGUUGCUUGCAACGAGUGUGCAUUCCCGGUGUGCCGCCCUUGCUAUGAGUAUGAGCGCAAGGAAGGGAACCAGUGCUGCCCUCAGUGCAAGACUAGAUACAAGAGACAUAAAGGUAGCCCUAGAGUUCAGGGUGAUGAGGAGGAGGAAGAUGUGGACGACCUGGACAAUGAAUUCAACUAUAAGCAUGGCAAUGGCAAAGGUCCAGAGUGGCAGAUACAGAGACAGGGGGAAGAUGUUGACCUGUCUUCAUCUUCACGCCAUGAACAGCAUCGGAUUCCCCGUCUGACAAGUGGGCAACAGAUCUCCGGAGAGAUCCCUGAUGCUUCCCCUGAUCGCCAUUCUGUCCGCAGUGGAACAUCAAGCUAUGUUGAUCCAAGUGUUCCAGUUCCUGUGAGGAUUGUGGACCCCUCCAAGGACUUGAAUUCCUAUGGGCUUAACAGUGUUGACUGGAAAGAAAGAGUUGAGAGCUGGAGGAAUAAACAGGACAAAAAUAUGAUGCAGGUGGCUAAUAAAUAUCCAGAGGCUAGGGGAGGAGACAUGGAAGGGACUGGCUCAAACGGUGAAGAUAUGCAAAUGGUUGAUGAUGCACGUCUACCUCUGAGCCGCAUAGUGCCUAUCCCUUCAAACCAACUCAACCUUUACCGGAUAGUUAUCAUUCUCCGGCUUAUCAUCCUGUGCUUCUUCUUCCAAUAUCGUGUCACUCAUCCAGUGCAUGAUGCUUAUGGAUUGUGGCUAGUAUCUGUUAUCUGUGAAAUUUGGUUUGCCUUAUCUUGGCUUCUAGAUCAAUUCCCAAAGUGGUACCCAAUCAACCGUGAAACAUAUCUUGACAGGCUUGCAUUGAGAUAUGAUAGGGAGGGAGAGCCAUCACAGCUUGCUCCCAUUGAUGUCUUUGUCAGUACAGUGGAUCCACUGAAGGAGCCUCCUCUAAUCACAGCAAAUACAGUUUUGUCCAUCCUGGCUGUGGAUUACCCUGUUGACAAAGUGUCAUGCUAUGUUUCUGAUGAUGGUUCAGCUAUGUUGACUUUUGAAGCUCUGUCAGAAACUGCAGAAUUUGCUAGGAAGUGGGUUCCGUUUUGCAAGAAGCACAACAUCGAACCACGAGCUCCGGAGUUUUACUUUGCGCAAAAAAUAGACUACCUAAAGGACAAAAUCCAACCUUCUUUUGUUAAAGAAAGGCGAGCAAUGAAGAGAGAGUAUGAAGAAUUCAAGGUACGAAUCAAUGCUCUUGUUGCGAAGGCACAGAAAGUACCUGAAGAGGGAUGGACAAUGGCUGAUGGCACUGCUUGGCCUGGGAAUAACCCAAGGGACCACCCUGGCAUGAUUCAGGUGUUCUUGGGGCACAGUGGUGGGCUUGACACUGAUGGUAAUGAGCUGCCACGGCUUGUCUAUGUCUCUCGUGAAAAGAGGCCAGGAUUCCAGCAUCACAAGAAGGCCGGUGCAAUGAAUGCAUUGAUUCGUGUAUCUGCUGUGCUGACAAACGGUGCCUAUCUUCUCAAUGUGGAUUGUGAUCAUUACUUCAACAGUAGCAAAGCUCUUAGAGAAGCAAUGUGCUUCAUGAUGGAUCCCGCACUAGGAAGGAAAACUUGUUAUGUGCAGUUCCCACAAAGAUUCGAUGGCAUUGACUUGCACGAUCGAUAUGCUAAUCGCAACAUAGUCUUCUUUGAUAUUAACAUGAAAGGUUUAGAUGGCAUUCAGGGCCCAGUGUAUGUGGGAACAGGUUGCUGCUUCAAUAGGCAGGCCUUGUAUGGCUAUGAUCCUGUACUGACUGAAGCUGAUUUGGAACCUAACAUUGUUGUUAAGAGCUGCUGUGGUGGCAGAAAGAAAAAGAGCAAGAGCUACAUGGAUAGCAAAAACCGUAUGAUGAAGAGAACAGAGUCUUCAGCUCCUAUCUUCAACAUGGAAGAUAUAGAAGAGGGUAUUGAAGGUUAUGAAGAUGAAAGGUCAGUGCUGAUGUCCCAGAAGAGAUUAGAGAAACGUUUUGGUCAAUCGCCAAUUUUUAUUGCAUCCACUUUUAUGACUCAAGGAGGCAUUCCACCUUCAACAAACCCUGCAUCUCUACUAAAGGAAGCCAUCCACGUAAUCAGUUGUGGAUAUGAGGACAAAACUGAAUGGGGAAAAGAGAUUGGCUGGAUCUAUGGUUCAGUUACUGAGGAUAUCCUGACUGGAUUUAAAAUGCAUGCAAGAGGUUGGAUAUCGAUCUAUUGCAUGCCACCAAGGCCAUGUUUCAAGGGUUCUGCUCCAAUUAAUCUGUCUGAUCGUCUUAACCAAGUGCUCCGUUGGGCUCUUGGAUCUGUUGAGAUUCUGCUCAGCAGACAUUGUCCUAUCUGGUAUGGUUACAAUGGGCGUUUGAAGCUUCUGGAGAGGCUGGCUUACAUUAACACCAUUGUUUACCCAAUUACAUCCAUUCCACUUAUCGCCUAUUGUGUGCUUCCUGCUAUCUGUCUUCUCACCAACAAAUUUAUCAUUCCUGAGAUUAGCAAUUACGCUGGGAUGUUCUUUAUUCUGCUUUUCGCCUCGAUUUUCGCAACUGGUAUAUUGGAGCUCCGAUGGAGUGGUGUUGGUAUUGAGGACUGGUGGAGAAAUGAGCAGUUCUGGGUCAUUGGUGGCACAUCUGCCCAUCUCUUCGCCGUGUUCCAGGGUCUCCUGAAAGUGUUGGCAGGGAUUGAUACCAACUUCACUGUUACCUCAAAGGCGUCUGAUGAGGAUGGUGACUUUGCUGAGCUAUAUGUGUUCAAGUGGACCAGUCUCCUCAUUCCCCCUACCACCGUGCUUGUCAUCAACCUGGUGGGCAUGGUGGCAGGUAUAUCAUAUGCCAUCAACAGUGGUUACCAAUCAUGGGGUCCGCUCUUCGGAAAGCUCUUCUUCUCCAUCUGGGUGAUCCUCCAUCUCUACCCCUUCCUCAAGGGUCUAAUGGGCAGGCAGAACCGCACUCCGACCAUUGUCAUCGUCUGGUCCAUCCUCCUUGCGUCGAUCUUCUCCCUUCUGUGGGUCAAGAUCGAUCCUUUCAUUUCGCCUACUCAGAAAGCCGUCGCCUUGGGGCAAUGCGGUGUGAACUGCUGAUCGGCAUCGUUACGAAAACGAACUUCAAUCAAUCAAGAUCUAUCCCCCCUUGUGUAAAUACCUGAGGGGGGCUAGAAUGGGAUCUUCUUUUUUGUGUAGAUGAAGACCUACUUUUAUAUUAUCUAAGUUAUGCCACUGUUUAUUAGCUACUCCAGUGCUGGCGCUUGCUGCUGCUAUUGAAGCCUCCAUUGCCUGCAAAGCCAGCCCCAGCAGCGUAAAUUGUGAAUUUUUUCUCUUCUUUUUGUGACAGCCGUUGUUUUAUUGCUUAGAGUCAAAUUUGUUUGAGGGGAUCGUUGUCACACAUACUAUGGAUGUUAUUUAUACGGAGAUAUUCUAAUUACAUUCUUUGGCUGUGAACAUUUUAAUUAUAUCUUAGCAUGUAUCGAUACAUGUCAUCUCAAUGUACCACUUGGCAAGUAGCAACA